UUCAAGCCAUCCAUGUGCUCCACCUUAGACGGCGAGAUCUGUCACCGCUCACUCACCGGAGCUGCGAAGGGAGCACUAAAGUGCGCGCACGGAAGGCGCGUGAGUGUGCGGCAAAGAGGAGGGAGGCAGAAAGAAAGAAAGACGCAAGAGGAGGAGGGGAGCAGCUUUCAACAGUUGAGGAGGAGACGCGACUCAUUCUGAUUAUCUUCAAUCAUAUCGCACCUUAUUUUCCUCUCUCUCGCUUACCGACUCGCUCUCGUCUUCCUCCGCCGUGCAACAGAUAAGCGUGGCGUCUGAUGGAUGCAAACAGGAGCGCCUUCGAAUCAGACUGGAUUACGGGAUUAGCGGACUGAUUAGUGGACCACAAAAAAAGGGAAAGGGGGGAAAGAAAAAGUGGCCGUUGUGAGUGUUCCUUUGCGAAAGGAGCACACAAAAGGUUGCGCCGGAGGAAGGGGAGGGCGAAGCGAGCGGCUGCAGCCCCGCUCUUUUGCUCCGUGCACUUUACUGGAGGAGGCACACACAGUCAGGCAGGCAGGCAGCCCCCCUAUGCAACAGUGUGCCGCACCGGAGACUAAAGUCACAAUGCACCGGCGGUGGUAACGCGGAGCGAUGGUGCAUUUUGGAGCUUUGCAGAGAGCAGAUGUCGCAUGAGGGCAAUGCGCCUUUUUGUCUUUUUUUCUUCUCCUCCUCCUUUUUUCUUCUUCCUAUUGAAAGAGAAGCUCUAACCUUCACCAUGCUUUAACCUUGGACGCAGAGGGGAAUAUUAAUACUUUAUUCUCAUCGAUUAUUCAUUGUGGGAGCCCCCGCUGAGAGGGGAAACAAAGCAUUCCAAUGUUGAAUUUGAUCUUUAAUUCAUGCACCGGGUGUCGUCGGGCGGUCAUCUUUGUUUACAGAAAGAGUUCAUCAUCGCGGAGCGGCAUGUGAGAGAGCUAAUGCCCAUUAAAAGGGGUUCACAAAUCGAUUUGAUAUCCAAUUAGCCCGGCAGCAACAUGCCAGCUUUGGAUACAGUCCACUAAAGGUUUGGUGGAAUAAUCAACAGGUUGAAAGUCAAGGUUUUUUUUUUUUUUUCUUUUUCUUCCUCCUGUGUGCCAGUACCGCAUAUCCAACAGAAGGGAUGCGUCUCUCUGUUCCCAUCUUCCUUCUGCUGUGGGUUAAAGCCCUGACAUUGAAAAACCUUAGUUAUUCCGUCCCAGAGGAGCAAGGACCCGGCACUGUCAUAGGUAAUAUCGCAAAAGACGGCGGAUAUGGGACCCUGGAGAGAGGGAAAAAAUCCAACUUCAGAGUGCUGGAGAAUUCCGCACCGCACCUGGUGGACGUCGACCCGGAGAGUGGACUUAUUUUCACCAAACAAAGGAUUGACAGGGAGACGUUAUGCAGGCGGAACCCAAAGUGCCAGCUCUCCAUGGAGGUGUUCGCCAAUGAUAAGGAAAUAUGCAUGAUCAAGAUCGACAUACAGGACAUCAAUGACAACUUGCCCAGUUUCCCCUCAGAUCACAUUAACAUCGACAUCUCGGAGAAUGCAGCGGCGGGAACACGCUUCCCUCUGACUAUUGCACAUGACUUGGAUACCGGGGAGAACGGGAUCAAGACUUAUCAGGUCACCAGAGAUGAUUACAAUACAUUCUCGCUGGAUUUAAAAGUAAGAGGGGACGGGACUAUUUAUCCAGAGCUGGUGGUUCAGCGACCUCUGGAUCGGGAAGACCAGAGCCAUCACACCCUCCUCCUCACCGCCAUCGAUGGGGGGGAGUAUCCGAGAUCAGGCUCCAUGCAAAUCAAUGUCAGGGUGACUGAUUCGAAUGACAAUAGCCCCAUUUUCGAGAAAUCCUCCUAUGUGCUGGAACUGCCGGAGAAUUCCCCGCCUGGAAAAGUACUUAUAGAUUUGAACGCCACCGACCAUGAUGAGGGAAGCAACGGACAGGUGGUUUACUCUUUCACAGGAUAUGCAUCUGAGCGAAUACAAGAUUUGUUCUCGAUAGAUCCCAAUAGCGGAGUCAUAAAAGUCCAGGGGGAAAUUGAUUUUGAGGAGAAUCCCAUCAUAGAAUUUGAUGUGCAAGCCAAGGAUCUCGGGCCGAACCCCAUACCGGGCCAUGCGAAAAUUACUGUCAAAGUGCUUGACAAAAAUGACAACUCACCAAUAAUCAGUUUUGUUUCUGUGAGGCAGGGUGCCAUCAGUGAGGCGGCACCCUCUGAAUCUGUCAUCGCGCUUGUCAGAGUGACAGAUAAAGAUUCCGGACGAAAUGGUCAGCUCCAGUGCCGCGUGCUGGGGAACGUUCCUUUCCGACUACAGGAGAACAAUGACAAUUUUUACACGCUGCUCACCGACAGACCUUUGGACCGGGAGACCAAGGACGAAUAUAACGUCACGAUCAUGGCCAGAGACAACGGAAUCCCCUCUUUGAACUACACCAAGUCCUUCACUGUGAAAAUCUUGGACGAGAACGACAAUGCGCCUCGCUUCACAAAAGUCGUUUAUGUGCUACAGGUGCCCGAGAACAACAUUCCGGGCGAGUAUCUGGGCUCCGUGCUGGCCCAUGACCCGGACGUAGGCCGCAACGGCACUGUAACCUACUCCAUCAUGCCCUCGCAUAUCGGCGAGGUGUCCGUUUAUACGUACGUUUCCGUUAACCCCACAAAUGGAGCCAUAUACGCGUCACGCUCUUUUAACUAUGAGCAAACAAAAUCAUUUGAGUUCAAAGUUCAGGCUAAAGACGGAGGGUCCCCUCACAUGGAGAGCACCGCCACCGUCAGGGUCAACAUCCUUGACGUCAACGACAAUCUCCCAGUGAUCAUUUUACCGCUCCUUCAAAAUGACACGGCGGAAAUCCCAGUGCCUCGGAACGUGGGUAUCGGCUACAUUGUGGCUACGGUGAAAGCGGUGGACCACGAUCACGGAGACAGUGGACACUUGACGUACGAGAUCACAGAGGGGAACGAUGACCACCUGUUUGACAUGGAUCCUAUAAGAGGCGAAGUUAGGACAACCCACGCCCUGUGGGAAGAAGUCUCUCCCACGGUUGAGCUGGUGGUUAAGGUAACCGACCACGGCAAGCCGCCCUUAUCCGCUGUGGCUAAGCUGGUCAUCAAGGCCAAUACGGAAGCGGCAUCAGGUGGCGGCGGUGGCUCUGGAGUGAGCGGCGAGCAGCAGCACUGGGAUGUAUCCCUGCCUCUCAUCGUUACCCUCUGCAUUAUCUCUGUCAUGCUCUUAGCUGUCAUGACGGCCAUCGCCGUCAAGUCCAAGCAUCAAGAUAAAGAGAGCGGGAAUUAUAACUGCCACAUGCCCGAGUACUCCAAUCCUCCGGUGGGGAAGGGCAAGAAGAAGCGGAUCAACAAGAGUGACAUCAUGCUGGUGCAAAGCGAGAUGGAGGAGAGAGAUUCGGCAAGCCGCAUGAAUGUGGUGAGCAGCCCCUCGCUCAUAACUUCGCCUAUAUGCUUCGACUACCAGAGCCCCCUGCCGCUCACGCUGCCCAGAUCUGAGGUCAUGUAUCUGAAGACAACACCGAACAGCCUGACGGUACCGAGGGCAGGUUGCCACUCCAGCUUUGCCGGGCUAAGCACAGACGCGCCGGCAAACAGGAUGUCAGUGAUACAGACAGAAAACUUCCCCUCCGAGCCCAAUUAUGCUGGCAGCAGGCAGCCGUUUGUUCAAAGUUCUACAUUUAAGGAUGCAGAACGAGCAAGCCUCCGAGACAGUGGCCAUGGUGAUAGUGACCAGGCUGAUAGUGACCAGGAUACUAAUCGAGGCUCCCAGUGUGACACGUCUGGCAGGGAGGCCCUCAAGAUGAAAGCCACAUCAGUUAAUGGGCAGCCUUUCGAGCAGGAACAAGACAAAUCAGUCCACUGCACCGAUGAGUGUCGUGCACUGGGACACUCUGACAGAUGCUGGAUGCCAAAGUUACGGAUCGGAAGCCAAGCAGACAGUGGCGAUAAUCGCACCAACCUUUUCAUCCCCGUGGGGAUGGAUGCCAUGGUAGAGACAGAGAUUUAUGGCACCAUCAGCCGCGGCAGUCGCAAAACCCUCAGUACCUUCGGGAAGGAGCAGCGGGACGGCACCGUCCUCGUGGCCAACGUCAAGCCCUACUUAAAGUCGCAGCGCGCGCCUUGCCUGCCCCUGCAGGAGAGUCCGCCGGCGCCCGGAAGCCCCACCAAGAGCGGGCCGGCCCUGGACUCGGCCGAGCGAGAGGUGAAGGAGGAGCGGGAGGGGGGCUCAGACAGCAGUGCCUACGGCCCGCCGGACGGCCAGUGCUCCCCGCUGCACACCGCGCUGGAGGAGCCCUCCUACCUGACCCGCGAGCUCCGCCCUAAGGCGCUGUCCAGCAGCCUCAUUCACAGCGCCGUCAUCAGCCAGGAGUGCGGCAUGUCCGAGUACGAGCAGCGGGACUCGGGGAACUAAUGCGGCCGGCCAACGCCCGCAAGUGUGUGAUUGGGGCCCAUUUUGGGUUUUUUCUUGUUUGUUUCUUUGGGGUCCAAACAUUGUAUAACCAAAAAUCAUCUGCUUUGUGUCUUUCUUUGUUUGUUUUUUUUACUCGAUGACUUGUAGGGAUGGGCAACUGAGUGCUUUUCCGUGAUUUAUGAUGGAGAAAAAUAAUGAUCAAUUAAUCGAUUAAUUUUUUUAUUUUUUAAUAGAAUCUCUUUCUGAAUGUUCUGGACUACUGUUGCCAUGCCAGUGUUCUAGGGGAGAAUUUGGGCCAUGCAAGGACGUAGCCAACGUCAUAUGGUACUUCUUGAGGCAUUUAAUGGGUGCAGCUCAAGGAAUCAGUAUAUUGUUGAAAAGUUCAUUAUUGUAGUUCGUAAAGUUACAGGAUGACAAUAGCAGAAAGCUAAAGUAAAUCCAAAACUCAACAUCUCAAGAAAUUAAAAUACAGUAUUAUUGC